AUGGAACUGUCCUAGUCAACAACAAUGAUAAAAAUGAUGGAACAGGGGGCUUUAUACUUCAAAUUGAUGAAGCAAGUGAUAGAGUUGACUAAAGAAUUAUGUAAGAGAGAAAAGAAAGAUAGAGACAAGAACUAUAGCAAUGAAUUCAGGCUUAACAAUAGCACAUAAAAAGCAACUGAUCCUAUAAUUGAUAGUAAUAAUAAGCAGCCGGUUAUACACCAGAGCUCCUCAAAAAUACAGAUAAACACUAAAUUAUUCGCUCCGAAAUAGCGAAAAGAAAUCGAGUCAUAAUAUAAAAUCAAAGAAACUCUCGGAUAAGGCUCAUUUGGCUGUGUUAAGCGUAUUUAACAUAAGAUCUUGAAGGAGGAUAGAGCAUUAAAAAUCCUAAAGAAGGUUAGCAUUAAGAGUGAGUCAGAAUUCAUGCAUGAAAUUUCGAUGCUAAAAUCAAUUGAUCAUCCAACUGUGCUUAAAUAUUACGAAUGCUAUUAGGAUGAUUAUAAUUACUAUAUCGUUACAGAAUAUUGCUCAGGAGGUGAACUUCUUAACUUCCUCAUUAACAAUAGGGCUUUUAAUGAAUAAGUAGCUGCUAACAUUAUGAAACAGCUACUAUCAGCAGUGUCGUACUGCCAUUCUAGAGGGAUAGUUCACAGAGAUCUUAAGACAGAAAAUAUUUUGAUUAAAGAUUCGAAAGACAUUUACAAUGCUCAGAUCAAGAUAAUUGACUUUGGCAUUUCAUGCAAAAUUUAGCCUCAGGAAAAAUUAACUUCAACCUUCGGCACACCAUAUUAUAUGGCUCCUGAGGUAUUUAAGUAAAACUAUACUGAGAAAUGUGAUCUAUGGUCAUGUGGUGUAAUCCUUUUUAUUGUACUAUGUGGCUACCCACCAUUUAAUGGCAAAAACAUUUAGCAACUAAAGCGAAAUAUAAUGAAUGCGGCUUAUUCGUUUAGCAACCGAGCAUGGGACGGAGUUAACAAUACCACUAAGAAUUUCAUAGCUAAAUUACUAACCAUUGAUCCAUCAAAGAGAAUCUCAGCCGCAGAAGCCUUAAGUGAUAAAUUUUUCAAAGAAAAUUAAUAGUUUGUCCCCAAAGCCACAAAAGAUGACACCUCCUAUCUUUAAGCUAUGAAUAAUUUGAAGAAUUUUGACUCUCACUCAAAAAUGAAUCUAGCUUUAAAAUCUUACUUAGCAAACUAUUUGAUAUAGGAUGAAUACGAGAAAAAUCUGAGUAAAAUAUUUUAAGAUUUAGAUAUUGACAGGAGUGGCACAUUAUCCAAGGCUGAGUUUAAAAAAGCCUAUAAAUUUUUCGGUGAAAAAACCUUCUUGCUAGAUGAAGAGCUUGAUGAAAUAUUUGAAAGAGUAGAUACUAACAAUAAUGGCCAAAUAGAUUAUUCAGAGUUUAUCACUUCGGCUUCAAACUUGAAUUAGUUAAUGAGCGAGAAAUAACUAAAGGCUGCCUUUAAAGCACUUGACCUUGAUGGAAAUGGAUAGAUUAGUUUCUAAGAAUUUGAAGAGAUUUUCGCAGCAGGCAUGGACAUAGACAAAGAGGAGCUGCAGGGCAUUUUCAGGGAAAUUGACACUACAAAGAAUGGACUCAUUAAUUUUGAAGAAUUCAAGACCUUUCUCAAAAAAAUAUUUCAGAAAAUUAGCUCUGUUUAGAGGAUAGCGCAACAUUGA